AUAUAACAUUCCUUUUUAACCUUCUUGUUUGUUUUUCUGUCCUCAGAUUUUUUAGCAAUGUCCGGCUCAGGCAAGAAAACUAAGGGCAGGCGAAAGAUUGAGAUGAAGAUGAUAGAGAAUGAGGAUGAAAGGUUGGUCACAUUCUCAAAACGCCGAUCAGGGAUCUACAAGAAAGCAAGUGAGCUAGCUACUUUAUGUGGUGCUGAGGUUGGUUUUAUUGUCUUCUCACCCGCAGGUAAGCCCCAUUCAUUUGGUCACCCCUCUAUUGAAUCUGUUGCUAACCGCUUUCUGAACGAAAACACCUCUCCAAAUGACAACACUCAUCCUCUUGUGGAAGUUCACCACAAGCUGAGGAUCAAUCAGCUAAGGCAGCUUUUAAAUGAGUUGCUUAGCCAACUGGAUGCAGAGAAACAAAAAGCAAAAGAGCUUGAUCAGCUGGCAAAAAGGAAAGAAACUCAAGGCUGGUGGGGAGCUCCCAUUGAUCCACUUAACCAGCAGGAGCUCCAAGAACUAUAUGCAUCUUUUGAGGAGAUUCGCAACAUUCUCUAUAGCAUCAUAACUGAGAAAAGUGCUGGAGCCACUUCUUCACUGCUUGCUCCAACGGAUCCUGCUCAGUUGACCAAUCCAUUUACUACCAAUGCUAGUGAGGAAGUUCCUGCUUCCUUUCCCCCUGGCUACAACCAUGGUCGCCAGCAGCUUGUGAAUUUUGGAAUCGCUAAAGACAUGCAUGAUCAUGUUCAUGACUAUUUCAGUUAUGUAUCCCAGUAUCAGCUAUCUUAUUUCAAUAAACUGCUAGUUUUCACUGCAGGAUUAAUUGCAGAUCUUCUUAACAGACACAGCCUUGUCUUUAAGAAACUAUUUGCACUAUUCCUUAUCGCUGGUAACUGCAUUAAUGUAACUCUUUUAAGUCUCAAUAUCACACUGCCUUGCAUUCUAGUCCUUCUAAAAAGUGCCAAAACCCGAAAUCUUCAGAGCAAAUUUUCAUAUCAAAAGCACAGAUUUAACAUGAAAAUUGCCUUAAUCUUUCUGUCAAUUAAUGACUCUUCAUUACGCAUAGUUUUUGCUGUGAAUGAAUUUCUCGAUCAUAUUUCAUCCAAUAACAAUGACGGGUUGUGA